AUGAAAGUAAAGAUCAGAACAUGGAAUGCGGUUGCGACUUGGAGGUGGGAUCUUGACGAAGACGACGUCUGUGGUAUUUGCCAGGUACAUUUCGAUGGGACAUGUCCUACUUGCAAAUACCCUGGAGACGAUUGCAGUUUACUAUCAGGGAAAUGCGGGCACAAUUUCCAUAUGAAUGGAUCAAACAAGAUUCAUCUAAAGGGCAAUGUCCUAUGUGCAGACAAAAAUUCGAAUGGACCGACAAUACGACUGCGCCGGAGCCAGUACAACCUUCAUGAUCAAACAGUUACUCACAGGAAAGCGCGAGCACACGGCGUUCCACAUACUACCAUCGAGGUUAAGGAGUUACUUGUUUUAUAUGGCGUUGUUAAUGGGGACAAGGCGGCAAGUCGGGCAGGCGUUGGACGAUUAUUGAUACCCUCGGCUUAUUUACAAGAAUGUAUGAUUGUUUUUGUCGCAACUUGUGAAGGGCUACAUCGACACCGAAUGAACAAUUGGCACAUAGAAUACAAUCGAAUAAUAUCAAACUUUGUUUUCGCCAUAUCUCCACGGAUUAGUUGCUCGACUUUCCAGUAUCACCCAGCACAAUUUUGCAACACUUCCCCCUUUUUACUCGAAUGA